GGCUUAUAUUUUUACGUAUUUAAAUAGGCAAUUAAAAAUUAAGAAAAAAAUAUACAUGCGCAUAAAAUCUCACGAAUUGUGAUUGAUAACUGAAUUAGUGGGUGGUGAAUCUUCCUGGAAAGCUACCACGAACAGGACAGCAUGCUCCUUAUGACGUCAUUUCGACCAUCCUUCGCCAGACGAGGCCUUGUUCUGAUGGCAACGCUCAUGGCUGUAUACGUCGUUUCCGUGGUCUUCCGUCCAACACCUGCAAGACCCGAAAAUGGAUCGCGAAUUCAGCCGGUAGUUCAAAGCAUCGCUGAUGAUACUGUAGACGUGGGAACAGAAUUUGCUCAAAUGGAAAAAGAACAGAGGUUACAAAUAAACAAGCUGAAAAGUAUUUGUUCCACUAACGUAUUGCAAAAUGCAUCAUACAAUCUUACUGGAGACUACACGUUUUAUCGAUCUAGGGCGUACAACAUUGGCUACUGCAAAGUACCGAAAUGUGGCUGUUCAUUUUGGACGCGUACGCUUAUUGUCCUUGAUAAUGGAAUCACUGCAGCAAACAAAAUUCUUAAGAAGUCCCGGCAGUUUCUUCACAGCCAGUCACACAGUUUCGAAUCAAGCCUUUUGAGUGUGUUAGAGUCAAAGUCCCCGACAAUACUUUCUGCAAGAAAUCCUUAUUCUAGAUUGUAUUCUGCAUAUAUUGAUAAGUUUUACCUAUUUUUAAUGUGGAAACUUAUUCUUGAUAUACCAAAAAUAGAUAUAACAAAUAAAACUGAUAUGAUUUGCCCACAGGCAGUUUCAUUUGAAGACUUUUUGCAAUGGAUACUACGAGAUGCUUCACAAGGGAAAACUCUCAACAGACACUGGGCUCCCAUCCUUUCGUUAUGUAAGCCAUGUGAUGUUGUGCCUAUUUCAAUUGUACACCAAGAAACUUUUGCAAAAGAUCUAAAGUUCACCUUACAGCAAAUGAAAGUUAACAAUGAUAAGUAUGAAUUCAUAAUGUCUUCUUUACAAGGUAACCGUGUGGAAACGGAAUUGCCAGGUGUAAUUGAAACGGUGUAUAGCAAGGUGAAAAAGCUUGUGAAAAACAACUGCCUAAACUGGACAGACUUAGCAAGAAGAACAUGGUCAGCCUUCCAAAUUCAAGGGUUCAUAACUAAUGAGGUCAAUUUUCCAUCUGAACGAUUUAAGAAUUUAACAGAUCCAUAUUUUGUUGUCAAAGUAUCCGAAAUUAUAUUAUCCGAAAUACAUAAACACCCUAUGUCGAAGGAAGACACCCAUAAUCAAAGAAACAUGGCAUUGCAAGCAGCGUAUUCUGACGUCAGCGAGGAGACAGUUGUUGGUAUACAGCAAUUGUAUAAAGAAGAUUUCCUCUUGUUUGGCUACUCGUUCGUACCACCAAACAAAGAAGGCUAUUUUAGCCAAUAAACCCAACUUAUAAACGUGUUUCCCAAUCCACGGAAUGCCGAGACAAGAAAACAAACUGUUUAAGCCAUCCUCUAUUAUGCCAGCAUUUCGUUGAAAUCAACAGCAUUGAAAGAAAAUAUAUACAAUGCAAACAAUUAUAGACCAAAGUUGAUGUCAAUUAUGAAAAAAAUGUCCGCAGUUAUGUCUGUGAAAUAUAUACGUGUAUUUAUGUGUAUAGUGGGCAUUAAACAACAGUAACUGUUGUAUUAAAAUUUUGUUGAA